AUGGAGGAGGACAUUGAUUGGAUUAUAAUGUCUGGCCCACCACUCCACCCUUUACGACCAGGUCCACCUCUAUAAGGCAGCAAUCCCAACUUUUGCCAGGACCCUGAAGGACGUCACCCCCGACCAGCGAGUCACCCUCCCAGACCUGCAAGACCCCCUCCCGAAGGACCUGCACCGAGAGAACCCACGCCAAGAGGACCUACACCCAGACCACAGCUUCACCAGCCACACCCCAACCAGCUGAGACCACCCCAAACAAACCCCGCCCCCCCCCCCCCCCGAUCACAGUCUACCUGAACAGAACAGUCAGCCCACUGACACCCCUAUCAGACCACAGCAAAAUCACAGUCUACCUGAACAGAGCAAUACAAAAUCAUGAGGCAUCAAAGCCAAAGGAACUGAAUAAUAUUAAGAAAUGCUAUAGAUGGAAGGAAAGAAGUGUUGAAACCUACCCCAAAAAAUUAUUAGGCAACAACAAAUUCAAUCCCUUUUAAACAACUUCCUGGACAAAACAUUUCACUGUAAUAGUGAAGGUGUAAACUUGGGAGUAGAAAACCUAAACAGUAUAUUUGAUCUUUCAGCUUCCCAUCAAAUCUAAAAAUGUCAAGCAGACAACCUAAGAAAAUUAACAACAAUGACAAAUGGUUUGAUGAAGAAUGCAAAAACCUAAGAAAGAAAUUGAGAAACCUAUCCAACCAAAAACAUAGAGACCCAGAAAACAGAGUCUAUGCCUUCACUAUGGUGAAUCACUAAAACAAUACCGAAAUACACUACGGAAAAAGAAGGAACAGCACGUCAGAAAUCAGCUCAAUGUAAUUGAAGAAUCCAUAGACUCUAACCACUUCUGGGAAAACUGGAAAACUCUAAACAAACAACAACACGAAGGGUUAUCUAUCCAAAAUGGAGAUGUGUGGAUAAACCACUUCUCCAAUCUUUUUGGCUCUAUAACAAAGAACAAACAGCAAAAACAUAUACGAGGUCAAUUACAAAUCUUAGAAUCAGCUACUAAAGACUACCAGAAACCCGCUGGAUUCUCCAAUUACAUUGAAUGAACUACAGGACAAAAUACAAACCCUCCAAACCAAAAAGGUCUGUGGUGUUGAUGAUAUCCUACAUGAAAUUAUAAUAUAUACAGACCACAAAUUCCAAUUGGCUAUACUUAAACUCUUUAACAUCAUCCUCAGCUCUGGCAUCUCAUCAAAUAUUUCGAACCAAGGACUGGUAAACCCAAUCCACAAAAGUGGAGACAAAUUUGACUCCAGUAACUACCAUUGGAUAUGCGUCAACAGCAACCUUGGGAAAAUCCUCUGCAUUAUCAUUAACAGCAGACUUGUACAUUUCCUCAGUGAAAACAAUGUACUGAGCAAAUGUAAAUUGGCUUUUUACCAAAUUACCGUACGACAGACCACGAAUUCACCCUAGACCCCUAAUUGAAAAAACAAACAAACCAAAACAAAGGCAAAGUCUUCUCAUGCUUUGUUGAUUUCAAAAAAGCUUUUGACUCAAUUUGGAAUGAGGGUCUGCUAUACAAAUUGAUGGAAAGUGGUGUUGGGGGAAAAACAUACAACAUUAUAAAAUCCAUGUACACAAACAACAAGUGUGCGGUUAAAAUUGGCAGAAACACACACAUUUCUUUCCACAGGGCCGUGGGGUGAGACAAGGAUGCAGUUUAAGCCCCACCUUCUUCAACAUAUAUAUCAACGAAUUGGCGAGGGCACUAGAACAGUCUGCAGCACCCGGCCUCACCCUACUAGAAUCUGAAGUCAAAUGUCUACUGUUUGCUGAUGAUCUGGUGCUUCUGUCACCAACCAAGGAGGGCCUACAGCAGCACCUAGAUCUUCUGCACAGAUUCCGUCAGACCUGGGCCCUGACAGUAAAUCUCAGCAAGACAAAAAUAAGGGUGUUCCAAAAAAGGUCCAGUUGCCAGGACCACAAAUACAAAUUCCAUCUAGACACCGUUGCCCUAGAGCACACAAAAAACUAUACAUACCUCUGCCUAAACAUCAGCGCCACAGGUAACUUCCACAAAGCUGUGAACGAUCUGAGAGACAAGGCAAGAAGGGCCUUCCAAAAGGAAUAUAACAUUUGACAUACCAAUUAGGAUCUGGCUAAAAAUACCAAAUAAUGCAUGCAGAGCAGAAUUAGGACAAUACCUGCUAAUUAUCAAAAUACAGAAAAGAGCUGUUAAAUUCUAUAACCACUUAAAAGGAAGCGAUUCCCAAACCUUCCAUAACAAAGCCAUCAGCUACAUUGAAAAAUGAACCUGGAGAAGAGUCCCAUAAGCAAGCUGGUCCUGGGGCUCUGUUCACAAACACAAACAGACCCCACAGAUCACCAGGACAGCAACACAAUUAGACCCAAUCAUGAGAAAACUAAAAGAUAAUUACUUGAUGAUUUCAAAAAAACGGAUCAAACUAGAAUGCUAUUUGGCCCAAACAGAGAUUACACAGUGGCAGAAUACCUGACAACUGUGACUUACCCAAAAUUAAGGAACGUUUUGACUACGUCCAGACUCAGUGAGCAUAGUCUUGCUAUUGAGAAAGGCCACCGUAGACAGACCUGGCUCUCAAAAUAUGACAGGCUAUGUGCACACUGUCUCUGGUUAUAUUGAGAAAGACCGACAGGUUUGUCUCUGGUUAUAUUGAGAGAGAAAGACCGACAGGUUUGUCUCUGGUUAUAUUGAGAGAGAAAGACCGACAGGUUUGUCUCUAGUUAUAUUGAGAGAGAAAAACCGACAGGUUUGUCUCUGGUUAUAUUGAGAGAGAAAGACCGACAGGUGCAAACAAAUAAAGUUUGCUCUCGUCUCCACUCCGCCCCAGGGCCUCUCGUGUAUACAGCAGAGGAAGUCCAGAUAUACCAGGACCCACAGCAGCCCACAGCAGCCCACAGCAGCCCACAGCAGCCCACUUCGGCCCACAUCAGCCCACUCCAGCCCACAGAAGUCCACUCCAGCACACUCCAGCCCACUCCAGCCCACUCCAGUCCACUCCAGCCCACAGCAGUCCACUCCAGCCCACUACAGCACACAGCAGUCCACUCCAGCCCACUCCAGCCCACUCAAGCCCACAGCAGUACACUUCAUGCCCACUACAGCACACAUCAGUCCACUCCAGCCCACAGCAGUCCACUCCAGCCCACAGCAGCCCACUCCAGCCCACUCCAGCCCACUCCAGCCCACAACAGUCCACUCUAGCCCACUCCAGCACACAGCAGUCCACUCCAGCCCACUCCAGCCCCACAGCAGUCCACUCCAGCCCACUCCAGUCCACUCCAGUCCACUCCAGCCCACUCCAGUCCACUCCGGCCCACUCCAGCCCACUCCGGCCCACUCCAGCCCACAGCAGCCCACUCCAGCCCACUACAGCCCACACUACAGUCCACUCCAGCCCUCUCCAGCACACAGCAGUCCACUCCAGCCCACUCCAGCCCACUCCAGUCCACUCCAGUCCACUCCAGCCCACAGCAGUCCACUCCAGUCCACUCCAGCCCACUCCAGUCCACUCCAGUCCACUCCAGCCCACUCCAGCCAACAGCAGCCCACUCCAGCCCACUCCAGCCCACAGCAGUCCACUCCAGCCCACAGCAGCCCACUCCAGCCCACUCCAGCCCACAGCAGCCCACUCCAGCACACUCCAGCCCACUCCAGCCCACUCCAGCCCACAGCAGUCCACUCCAGUCCACUCCAGCCCACUCCAGUCCACUCCAGCCCACUCCAGCCCACAGCAGCCCACAGCAGCCCACAGCAGACCACUUCAGCCCACAGCAGCCCACAGCAGCCCAAUCCAGCCCACAGCAGCCCACCGAAGCCCACUCCAGCCCACUCCAGCCCACUCCAGCCCACUCCAGCCCACAUCAGCCCAAUCCAGCCCACUCCAGCCCACAGCAGUCCACUCCAGCCCACAGCAGCCCACUCCAGCUCCAGCAGCCACCAGCCCACUCCAGCCCACGCAGCCCACUCCCCCACUCGCAUCCGCUACAGCAGCCCAUCAGCUCACAGAGCAACACUCCACACGCCCAUCCAGCCCACUCAGCCAAGCGCCCACUCCAGCCCACUCAGCCCCUCCAGCCCACAGCAGUCCCUCCAGCCCUGCAGCCCACUCAGCCCACAGCAGUCCACUCCAUCACACGCAGCCACUCAGCUCAUCAGCCCACUCAGCCACAGAAGUCCACUCCAGCCCAUCCAGACACGCAGUCCACUCCAGCCACUCCAGCCCACUCCAGCCCAUCCAGCACAGCAGCCCACUCAGCCACUCCAGCCCACUCCAGUCCACUCAGCCCACUCCAGCCCACAGCUUCACGCUAGUGGUUGCACAGUAGAUGUAGCUCACCGCUAG